AUGGGAAGUCUUCCCUUUGUGUAUUUGGGGCUGCUCAUCAGGGGUGAUUCGUGGAUACUUAGUUUGUGGAAUCUGGUGUUGGAAACUAUUAAGAAGAGGUUAUCUGGGUGGAAAAGUCGUAACCUUUCAUUAGGUGGUUGGUUGAUUUUGAUAAAGUCUGUUUUAUCCUCUAUUUCGGUUUACUUCCAUUCCUUCUUCAAGGCUCCCGCAUGUAUCAUUUCUUCUCUUGAAUCUUUAAUUAAUGCUUUCUUUUGGGGAGGUAAGGAGGACAGGAGGAAAAUAGUGUGGAUUGAUUUGGAUUUUAUUUGUUUGAGUAAGGAGAGUGGAGGUUUGGGUGUGAAAAGGUUGAGGGAGUUUAAUGUGAACUUAUUAAGGAAGUGGUGUUGGAGGAUGUUGGAGGAGAGGGGAAGCCUUUAA